AUGGUCCACCGUAAAAUCAUCACAGAUGGUUGUUGUGAUGCUUACAAAACACAGCAGGAGGAUGCAAUCCAUGCCUUAUUCCUAUGUCCUGACCUACGGCCCCUAUGGAGUUCAAUGCCAAAGUGGAAUCAUGGCAUGCUCAAGGCGUGCACCUCUUUUAUUGACAUCUUUGAUUGUAUUUUUGCACGUAAUAAGGACCCAGACUUGUUUGCGGCUGUGAUCUGGACGUUGUGGACUCGACGCAAUAACUUACGCUUGGGUAAACUUGCAUUACCUCUUAAUAAGGUAAUUGAGUUUGCCCGGGAACGAUUGACUGAAGCUGCCAUGAGUACCUCUCUGUUUUUGUACUCUACAACAGGGGCACAUAGCCACAAUUUGAAUCCCGAUGAAGCCACUGUUACAGAAGACAAUGCCAUGAUUACUGAACUGCCUUUGCCCCAUGCACAACGCACACCAAUUACGUGGACUGCACCAGGGGCACACAGCUACAAGUUGAAUUUUGAUGGAGCAACCUUUGCUGAGGACGGUACUGCUGGAAUAGGGGUGGUGAUUCACAAUGAAGCUGGACUGGUCAUGGCCUCACUCUCUCAACGGAUUCCUUUGCCCACAUCAGUCAUUGAGGUAAAGGUCUUUGCAGCAAGAAGAGCCAUGGAGUUUGCUUUAGAGCUUGGUUUUGACAAUGUGAUACUUGAAGGAGACUCUGAAGUACUUGUGAAGACCCUAAAAGAUGGUAGAAACACACUUGCACACUACGACAACUUGAUAGCUGAUAUCCUAUUCCUUACUUCCCACUUCUCCAGGGUUCAGUUUUCUUUUGUAAGGAGACAAUGUAAUAGGUUAGCACACUCAUUAGCUAGACGUGCAUCCAUUAUUCAACAAAUGUCCAUCUGGAUGGAAGAAGUACCAUCAGACCUUAUACCUGUAUUCUUGGCUGACUUACACUGCCUUCCUUAA